CCGAGCCCGAUCAAGCCGAGUGUCGUCGUCUGAGAUCUGGAAUUACGCUCCCGAUUGGCGCGCGCUCAGAUUCUUGGUAUAAAUGCUGAAAGAGCUUUCCGGUCAGAUCAUUUGCGGAAUAGGCAACAUGGAAUUACGAGCUAUACUUGGAUUGAGCUGGCUUUGUAUCGUUGAUGCACAAAGCACUUACGAUGGAAGCAAUGGUCCGCACGUGCUCAGUGCACCUAGCCAGCCGGUUUUAAUACGCGGUCCAAAUGAAGGCAGCUACCAGGUGCCUGGUGUGGCUGGCACGUUCCAGAACAUGCCUGCAAGUGGAUUGCACAGCUAUACUGACGAGCAGGGCAACAUCUACGUGCAUAAUAAGAAUGGCGCCGUCAAAUCAGCUACCCGGCACGAUCGUGAUCCCACAGUCCGGGCUUAUAGGGGCACUCGCAGCGUAGUUGUGAGUCACGGUGCUGCGAUACCCCAGCCUAAUUUCGGCUCUGGCUCCGCUCACUCCGAACGAGAGUGUUUCGAUUUGGAAAAGCCUGGAACAAAGCACUCAAGUGAAUCCGUCCAAAUCGCUGAAGAUGGCAAAAUAAUUAAGUCAAGCGAAUAUUUAGUCGAGAUCGAACGAGUGUGUCUUGAACUCUAUUAUGCCGAUAAUGAUAUGUACAUUAAUGCUAAGUAAUUUGUAGUCACCAAAAAGUUACCCGGCGUUGUGCAGGUGGCACUAAAAUACAUACGUUUCUUUGUCAAUUUUAGA